UUUCUGCAGAGGCAAACAAAGAGCGCUAUCCACCAGUGCCGAGACAGCUGUUCUGCAGCAAGGAUGGGUUUAACAUCACCAUCAACCAGAAUGCCACAGUCCCGCCUCUGAACAUGAACGAUGUCUGGAUCCCCUCCGGUCAAAGCCACAUCUGUGAACCCAGAAAAAGAUCCACAGAUGCUGUGACUUUCCACUUUCCAUUCACUGAUUGUGGUGCUCAGUCCAUGGUGGAAGAUGGAGUUAUAACUUACUGGGUCAACAUGGAGGCAAAACAACGUCCACAAAGAGGCUCUAUAUUUCGUGACACUCCUUUCAAUCUCACUGUGAGUUGUAGGUUUGAGCUGGUCAAAAUAACACAAGCAUGGAUCAAAGUUCAGGGAGAACAAUCUGAGUUCCCGUCAACUUUGAGAAACACAGGAAUACUCAGGACUGAAAUGAGGUUCGCCAAAGACCCUCCAGCAGUGAUUGAGCUUGGCCGGCCUGUGUACGUGGAGGUGUCUCUUCUCAAACACGAGGAUAAGGACCUGGUGUUGCUGCUGGAUGACUGCUGGGCCACACCGACAGAAAACCUGUAUGACCCGCAACGAUGGAACCUGCUUGUCAACGGGUGCCCUUCUACUGGCGAUAGUCACAGAACCGUUUUGUUGCCAGUCGUCCCCAGUAAGGAGCUGACGUGUCCCUCUCUUCACAAAUGGUUUGUGGUCAGGAUGUUCUCAUUUGUGAAGCCCACAACAUCUGAAAACCAGGUAUAUUUUCACUGCAAUAUAGAGAUCUGUAAAAGACCAGGCUGCUUACAGUCCUGUAGCAACGAAAUGCGUAAACUAAGAAGAAUUACACCAGAGCCAGGACAGAGGAUUCUUCCCAGUGUGGUCUCUGGUGGACCCCUUCUUUAUCGACUUUAAAUAUCCAGAAAAAGAAACCUGCUACCUGAAGUCGUAUUUGGAGGCCCCAAGAUUUAUAACAGACAUGUCCUUGAUUUGUGAUAAAAAUAAAUCGACACUUUGCUAUAUUGGUCUUCGAUAGGGUCCCAUUAGGUAACUUUUUCUUGAUCGACUCAACUCAUCUGUUGAUUGUAUCUAAUAAUGCAAGUUGUCAGAAAGUCUUGUCCCAAAACUCGAACUGGUGGAGCAGUUUUCCUACAUGAUAACCCAUUUAUCAGAGGAAGCAAGGCAGUCUCCCUAUGCGAGGUCUUCUUUCUGUUGGUUUGGGUCAUUUUCUUUUCACAGUGUGAACACCUUUCAAAUGUUUGUACAGUUUAUCAGUGGAUCACGAUGACUCACAUACCGUCACCCUCCUAAACUAAUGGCCCAAGUCGUUUUGUCAGGUUUUUCAGAAAACACAAUCAAAUUCACCAAAUGUUAAAUAUAUGAUAUUUAUUAAUUUCACUCAAAAAGGUUAUGACAAUUGACAAACUUAUAACUAUGUUUGUCAAUUAUGUAACAUAAGAGGAAUAAAUGACCUAGGCCAAUUUUUUUAACAUGCCUUUGUGACUUAAGCAAUUUUAAACCUUCAACUCUGUCAACAAUAAUGCAUAACUAACAAACAAAUAAAAAUAAUGCUUAGGAGGCAUGUUUUUGCUGGGUUCUUGACUGAUGCCAAUAAAUGUGGCAAAUUGUCAAAGAAGUGAUGACACUCAACGGGCAUGACGUUUUUCAUUGACUGGAGGUCCUGGAACUUCCUCUCCUUGAUUGGCAGAGCACCUGGAAACAUCCUUACGGAGCUUUUCCACUCUUUGCUAAAUGCUAGCUUCAUGGACCUAGCUAUUUUGCUGACUAAAAUGCUGACUAUAAAGACUGACUAAAAAGACUAAAUAGCUAUGUAAUGAUUAUAGCCUAGCCUAUAUUAUAGUAACCCUCAUCAUUUCCAAAUAGGGGACGAACCAUGAAUAAUGGACAUAACUUCUGCGGCUAAGUAGAUUUUCGUUCUAUUUGAUGCAGACGCCGUCUUGAAAAGCUUGUAAAAUUGUAAGUCACGCUCUUGACAUAGGCCAUUAUUCUACAGGGAUAGAAUCCCAUGAUCUUUUCAACUGAGGAUGUAUACGAUUUUACCAGAGGUGGCCAGCAUCAUGAGGAGAUGUUUUAGGCAAAAAUAAAUCCUUUUUGUCAAAAAAUGACUUGGGCCAUUAUUUUGGGAAGGUCACGAUAUUGAAGAAGUGCAUGAACGUUUACAUCAGUUUAGGACUAUUGUUUGUGAGCUUAGUCUAAAAUAAACAAACUCCCACAUGAAAGAUGUUCUCCUCUACAUUGAGCCAUAUUUGUAUUCUUGCAUACGCUGAGCAUGGUUUGUAUGUGCACACUGUAUUGGCAUGAGACCAUGUGCUUUUACCAAAUCUGUAAAUAAAGAUGGAUGACACAUCCCAACGUCCUCCCACUAUUCAAAAAUGAGGCCAAAAUAUUCGAUAUGAACACAUUGAGAGCCAGAGUCUGCGCAGUGAGGUUCUGCCGCUAUACACAC